AUGUGGUCUCACGAAUUACCCAUGCCUGGCCAGGCGGACAGCAGUAAUCAGACGUUCCCAGAUUCACCAACGAGAUGGGAGCAACUUACUAGUGGUUGCUUGGAUCGCAGGGCAGUGCAUGAUGAACUUGAACGGCUUCGUCAGCAAGUCAAAAAGACGAAGGAAAAUGUGGAGAUACUGCAUAGAGCCAAGCUUCUUGCAGAGGAGCAGUUUCGUCAACGAGGCGAACUGCUCGAAAAUGCUAUGCGGGAAACAAAAACAGCUCGACAAGAGAACCGAAUCCUGACUACCAAAAUAGCAACCUUACAAGCUGGAGCCGAGGCUUUCUCCGACGAAGAAGCCAAGCGAGAGAUGGCUCUACUAUAUCACGACCUUGAACACUGGACAUUUACUCAUUUUGGAGCAAAGCCAUCAUCUCAACCAAAUAACGAGCCUAAGCCACAACCAGAGAGACUUGAUAUCUCGACGUUGGAUAUUAUACAGUCCGAGAUUGCCGGGCUAAUUUAUCAGUCGUUUUGGAACCGAUUUAUGGUUGGCGCUGAAGAUCACUUUUGGAGCAAUUAUCUUCGCAAAGUCGACACCGAAGUAAAUAAACAAUCAGGAGUUUCUAACCACAUCUCCCGGCAUUGGCGAUGUGCGAUGAGCACUGCCAUCCUAUCCUUAGAAACCGAUCUUUUGCAAGACCGGUGCAAUCGGAUUAUCGAGACAGUAGAAACAUGCUUUGGUCCCUACGCUGUCACCGACAGAACGAAGCGAAUGCAACAGCUACACGACAUUAUUGCGCGCUGCAUCAGGCUCAAACACAAGUUACAGUGCCAGGAAGACACGUACAUCUUCUGGAGUCAUAAAUACGGAGUGCCGUUCCGCGAUGAGAACAUGCGUACCCCAACAGAGGAGAAUACCUCGGAUGGAAUCGUUAAAUCUAGCCUAUGGCCUGGUUUAUGGAAGAUCAUUCGGCCAGGCGAAUGGUCUAUAGUCGAAAAGGAAAUGGUGAACACGCUUUCCCCAUUGACCCCUUCUAUUGAAAUGAUCGAUGAACUGGAAUGUCAUCAAGACGACACAGAUUCGGAUGAAAUUUAG